UACUAGUCUGUGCAAGAAGCUGAAAAAAUUAUCAACAAGCAAACUAUCUUCAUUUUUUUGAAAUAUCUGUAAAUAGUGCAUACUAUAUACUAAUAAAAGCAAAGCUAAAACACUACAUAUUUUUUUGUUUAAACACACACAUUCUUCAUUCCUAAUAAAUAGAUAUUGUGAAAAGUGAAAAUGUCGUCGUACAAGCCAAUAGAUUCGAAGCGGGAAGAAUUUCGCCGAUAUUUAGAAAGAGCUGGUGUUAUGGAUGCUUUGACGAAGGUUCUAGUAAGCCUUUAUGAAGAACCAGAUAAACCAGAGGAUGCAUUGGAAUAUGUGAGAAAGCAUUUAGGCACAGAUGGUGGAGAUGACGAAUUAGAGGCUGCCAGAGCUCGCAUUGCAGAGUUAGAAGCAGAGAAUGCACUUCUUAAAGGUGAAGCUGCUCCAACAGAAGGCUGAGAGAGCUAGGCAAAGAUAUAUUAUAAUAAGUUUUUGAUCUCAAUAAUUAUUGAUCUCGAAUUGUUAAUAUUGCAAAUAUUGUUUCAAGUUACCAUGAGUAUGUUAUGUUGAUUGCGUGCAAUGGGCACCUUUUUGUUUCAAAGGAUUUAAUUAAUAAAUAAGUUAAAUUA